AUGGCUUUGGAACUGCCUAUGGAGGAAGAGUGGAGAUUGUACUCUGUAUUGGAAGAAAGAACUGACUGGGAAGCAUUCAAUGUCCCAGAGGUGUGGGCAGAAGACAACCCUCCGGGGUUGGCAAAGGAUGUUCCACCAGUUAUAAUUGAAUUAAAGCCCUUCGCCAACCCGGUGGCAAUCCGACAGUAUCGGCUCCCUCGGGAGGCGAUCGUCGGAAUUGCGGCCUAUUUGGUGAAGUUGGAAAAAUAUGGAAUACUGGUUCCUUGCCAGUCCCCAUGGAACACACCCUUGUUGCCAAUCAGGAAACCGGACGGGUCCUAUCGCCCUGUGCAGGAUUUGAGAGCUGUAAAUAAAUUAGUAGUCCCUCUCCACCCGGUAGUUCCAAACCCCUACACCCUGCUCAGCCUUAUUCCCCCUCAUCACCAAUGGUUUACUGUCCUGGACCUCAAAGAUGCUUUCUUUUGCAUCAGACUGGCCGAGGAGAGUCAGAAGAUUUUUGCCUUUCAAAAAGAGGAUCCUGGGACAGGGGCCAAAGGUCAACUUGUUUGGUCAAGAUUGCCCCAAGGGUUCUGUAAUUCCCCGACCAUUUUCGGACAAGCCCUGGCGCAGGACUUGCUGCCAAUGGUCAAAAAUGACAAAGGAUGGACCAUUCUCCAAUAUGUAGACGAUAUCCUCCUCUGUGCAGACAGUCGAGAAGAAUGUUUAGAAGGAACUCAGACCUUGUUGCAGUUUUUGGCAGAUAAAGGUUACAAAGUUUCGAAAAAGAAGGCUCAGCUAGUUCAGCAAGAAGUGAAGUAUUUGGGUUUUCGCUUGGCUAAAGGUCUUCGGAGGUUAGAGGUGGAACGCAAAGAAGCCAUUUGCUCCAUCCCUAUCCCCCGAACUCGAAAACAGAAAGCCUUGAUGUCUGCCCCCGCGUUGGGGUUGCCUGAUUUGGACAAAUCUUUCUACUUGUACGUAGGGGAACGGAAAGGAGUGGCUGUAGGAGUGUUGACUCAGCUGGUGGGCGAUUGGCCCCGGCCAGUAGCUUAUCUGUCUAAACAACUGGACAAUGUGGCCUGUGGAUGGCCCCCAUGCUUGAGAGCUGUAGCGGCUGCUGCAGUUCUUGUGGAAGAGGCAAACAAGCUGACCUUAGGGCAGCCUGUGAUUUUAAAGUGUCCCCAUGCAGUAGUGACUCUGAUGGAACAUAGGGGGCACCAUUGGCUCACCAAUAGCCGAAUGCUUAAGUAUGAGAGCAUGUUGGUGGACAAUCCACAGGUCAAGUUGUCAGUGUGUGCCACUUUGAACCCAGCUACCUUGUUGCCAGUGGAAGAAGGAGAAUUGAUGCAGCAUGAUUGUUUAGAAGUGAUGGAUGAAGUGUAUUCAAGUAGGCCAGAUCUCAAAGAUCUGCCACUACUGACUCCGGAAUGGGUGCUUUUCACAGAUGGGUCAAGUCGUGUGGUUGGUUCCGAAAGGAGAGCGGGGUAUGCAGUGGUGAAUAGCAAUGGGGAGACCCUAGAGGCAAAGGGGUUGCCUCCAGGGACUUCCGCACAACGGGCCGAAUUGAUUGCUCUGACAAGGGCCCUCCAAUUGGCUAAAGGAAAAAGAGUCAACAUCUAUCCUCAAAGGAAACAGGUCUUGGUAGUAGGUGACUCCCUCCUUAGAGGAACGGAAGCCAUCAUUUCCAGACCGGAUGGGAUGGCUCGAGAAACAUGCUGCCUCCCGGGGGCAAAAAUACACCAUAUCACUCAGAGGCUCAGCAGGCUCCUAAAGCCCCAUCACCCUCCCCACCUUAUGUUGAUUCAUGUAGGUACCAAUGACACCGCUAGGCAUACUUUUCAAAAGAUCACAAAUGAUUUUCGAGCUCUGGGAACAAAGCUAAAACUGUAUAAUGUACAUGUGAUCUUUUCAUCCCUCCUCCCCGUUGUAGGACAUGGCUCUACAAGGGCCGGAAAAAUAGUACAGGUCAAUAACUGGCUCAGAAAAUGGUGUCAAGAGGAGCAUUUUGGCUUCCUUGACCAUGGUCUACUCUUCCAAGAGGAUGGACUACUGGCAAGCGAUGGGGUGCAUCUCACACAAGUAGGAAAACAUCUUUUUGCACACAGACUCACAAACCUCAUCAGGCGCACUUUAAACUAGAUCCACUGGGGGAGGGGAACAACAGCCUGGCGAACACUAUAUUACCCACGACCACAGGGAACCGCCGAAAGGCUAAAAGGAGGGCUGCACAAACACAGCAAGGACCAAGUACAGAGAGCACAAUAAUCCCAAAUAAACAGUUCGAGGGGAGGUCACAGGGGCUUACAUGUCUUUACACUAAUGCUCAGAGCAUGGGAAAUAAGCAAGACGAACUCCAACUCCUAGCACAGCACCACACAUACGAUGUCAUAGGCAUCACUGAAACCUGGUGGGAUGACUCCCAUCACUGGAAUUUAACCAUUGAGGGCUAUAACCUCUUUCACAUAAAUAGAACAAAGGGGAGAGGAGGGGGAGUAGCUUUAUAUGUCAAAAACAGUUACAUUGCAGAAGAAAUGCAAGACUGUAAUCCGGGAAACCAGCUUGAAAGCAUCUGGAUAAGAAUCAAGGGAACCGGGACUCAAAAAGAUCUUGUCGUGGGUGUCUACUACAGACCUCCGAGUCAGGAUGAAGGACUUGAUGAAGCCUUCUGUCAACAGCUGACCAAACAGGCACAAAAAAGAGA